AUGACAGAAGAUAAUAAACGGAUUUGUGAUUUAUUUAAAAUACCUUUAAAAACAACCACUAAAGCCAAUGUAUUAGAAUGUCGAGUUUGCGAAGAAGUAUUUUCAGUAGACGGUGGAAAAGUACCUCGACUUCUUCAGUGCGGUCACACAGUUUGUCACACUUGUCUUUUGAGACUCCAAUCAUGUAUGCUGGACCUGUCAUUCCUGCUGUGUCCAUUUGACAGGCAACCAACAGCAGUCACUCAUGAAGGAGUUUACAGUCUGAAGAAAAACUUUGCGCUGAUUGAACUGCUGGAACGAUUGGAGCAGUCGAACGCUGAAAAGUCUAUAAUUUUAGAAAAAGAACGUCUGCAAUCUACCCAGUCCUGUGAUGAAGAUGAGUCUCAUUUGGCGGUUCUUUACUGUACCAUUUGUUCCUCACACUUGUGCGAGGCAUGUGAUAUUCUCACGCACUCGUCAAAAACACUGGGAAAGCAUAGACGAGUCCCGCUGUCUGAGAAGCCGAAAGAAAAACCAAAGUGUCCAAUACACACAACACACAUCGCAGAGUUUACUUGUGUUCAAGAGGGCUGUCACAAUGCUCUUAUGUGUUACUUGUGCAAAGACUACGGUCGUCACAGCGCACACAAGCCUGCGUUGCUUGAAAUAGAAGCUGAGAACGUGAGGAAGUCUAUUGUCUCGGCUUUGCAGAGGAUGACGCAGUUCAUGGAAAAUAUGCGAGACACUGCUCAUAAAAUAGAAAUAGUCAUUCAAGAGUUGGAGGGCUGGGCGAUUGAUGAUGCCAGGCACAAAGUUCGUCAACAUUUUGAAGAACUGAGAACUCAAUUGGCUGACCAGGAGAAAGUAGCGCUGAAUUGCGUUGACAAAGAGACAAGAGGGAGAUUGUGUGCUCUGAGACAACAACAAAAAGAUUUAACUACUACAAGGUCCCAAGUCGCUGAUGUUUGUAUUCAAUGCGAGAGUAUUCUUGAUUCAGAAGAUUGGAAACUGUUGACUGGAGCUGAGAAAGUUAAAAAUGUACUGGCUUCUUUGGAGCAGCAGCAACAAAAUUACAAUCAACUUGGUCCAGAUUUUCUUACCCCUGAAUCUUCUAUUCCAAUUAUAUUUAGCAGGGAUAAUAGAGUUCAUAUUGGAACGAAAAUUGAUAUGAGAGUUGUUAUAUUGGGCCUAGAUGGUUCAGGAAAGACAAGCAUUCUCUCUGCAAUGAGAGGAUUGACUCUGUCAAGCCCACCAAUUCCUACGAUUGGUUUCAACGUCGAGAGUCUCGAGUAUGAGAACUUGGUGGUGACCUUUUGGGAUGUCGGAGGUCAACAUAAAUUUCGGCCACUCUGGAAACAUUAUUAUCAUGAAGCCCAGGCAGUGAUUUUUGUUGUUGACUCGAGUGACAGAUCGAGAUUUGAAGAAGCUCAAAAGGAAUUGUCUAAAAUUGUCAGCAAAAAGGAAUUGAAAGACGCGUUGUUCCUUAUUUUCGCUAACAAACAGGAUGUUGAAGGAUGCACCACUGUUGAAGAAUUAACGGACAUUCUUUCUCUACAAAAACUAUGUUGUGGUCGAGUUUGGCAUAUUCAAGGCGCGUCGCCGUUGCUAGACGCAAAUACCCCGAUCCAAGGUUUGCAGUGGCUAACUCAACAACUUGGUGCUCAUGAAGCUCUCUGUACUAGCUCUGUACCUUAG